CUCCGCAUGGGAACCACGGGAGCGGGGGAGCGAGCCACUGACCCAGGGGCCCUGCGGGCUGUACCACCGACCCUGCACCCGGGGGAACUCAGGGGGACCGAAGGGCUGAACCACUGGGCCCGGAUGGGGCCCUUAGAGCAAACCGCUCUGCGGGAAUCAAGGUUGGGAGGUGAAAAGGGUCAAGAUUACCGGCCAUUGACCACCUCCCUGGGACUGGAGAAGGGCCUGAAACUGGGAGGCCAGGCUUCUCGGUCCUGUUUUUCCGAAGCUCCACUCUCUCUACCCAAGAGAACCCUGCCCCGUCGGAGACUCAGUCUUUGCAUCCGCAAAAUGGGGACACGGGUGCAGCUGGUUGGGCCGUGGGUGCCAGGGCGGAGGCCCAUCUGUUCCAGCCCCCGUCACCUCUCCUCGCAGAGUGAAGCCUCCAGACCCUGCAUCCCCCUGUCUGGGGGCCGCCCGAGCCAAUGGAGGAGAACGAGGUGGAGAGCAGUAGCGACGCAGCCCCAGGGCCUGGGCGGCCCGAGGAACCCUCUGAGAGCGGCUUGGGUGUGGGCAGCUCGGAAGCCGUGUCUGCCGACAGCAGCGACGCCGCAGCCACCCCGGCGCCGGCGGAGGCUGAUGACUCCGGCGUGGGGCAAAGCUCGGACCGUGGCAGCAGCUCUCUGGAGGAGGUAUCUGAGAGCAGCUCGAGCACAGACACCCUGCCCCAUGGCUACCUCCCUGAUUCAUCAUCUGUGUCCCAUGGGCCAGUGGCAGGGGUGACAGGCGGUCCCCCAGCUCUGGUGCACUCCAGUGAACUCCCAGACCCCAACAUGGUGGUGUCUGACUGCACAGCUUCUUCCUCGGACCUGGGCUCGGCCAUUGACAAGAUCAUCGAGUCCACCAUCGGGCCGGACCUCAUCCAGAGCUGCAUCACCGUCACCAGUGCUGAGGAUGGUGGGGCCGAGACCGCACGGUACCUGAUCCUGCAGGGACCAGAUGAUGGUGCCCCCAUGACAUCACCAAUGUCCAGUUGCACCCUGGCUCAUAGCCUAGGAGCCAUUGAGGCCCUGGCCGAUGGCCCCACAUCCACAUCCACGUGCCUGGAGCCACCUGAGGAGGCGCUGGGUGGGUCCAGCUCGCCAGCGCACCCACCCCCACGCUCUGGGGCUGAGGAGCCAGACCUGCAGAGCCUGGAGGCCAUGAUGGAGGUGGUGGUGGUGCAGCAAUUCAAGUGCAAGAUGUGCCAGUACCGGAGCAGCACCAAGGCCACACUGUUGCGCCACAUGCGGGAGCGGCACUUCCGACCAGCAGCAGCUGGUAAGAAGGGACGUCUGAGAAAGUGGGGCGCCUCCACCAAGACCCAGGAGGAAGAGGGGCCAGAGGAGGAGGAAGAUGAUGACAUCGUAGAUGCAGGUGCCAUUGACGACCUGGAGGAGGACAGUGACUACAAUCCAGCUGAGGAUGAGCCUCGGGGUCGGCAGCUACGACCCCAGCGCCCGGCUCCCAGUACACUGAGACCCCGAAGGAGACCUGGCCGGCCUCGGAAGCUGCCUCGCUUGGAGGCCUCAGAUCUCCCAGAUGGUGUAGAAGGAGAGCCUCUAGUGAGUUCUCAGAGUGGACAGAGCCCUCCAGAGCCACAGGACCCCGAGGCACCUAGUUCCUCGGGCCCAGGGCACCUGGUUGCCCUGAGCAAGGCCAGUAGGGCCCUUGUGGAACCUGGUGUGAGCCAGUCCGAUGCAGAGAAUGCAGCACCCUCCUGCCAGGAUGAGCCUGAUGCCCCUCCCCGUCGUCGUGGGCGACCUUCUAGGCGCUUCCUAGGCAAGAAAUACCGCAAGUACUAUUACAAGUCGCCCAAACCGCUUCUGAGGCCCUUCCUGUGCCGCAUCUGCGGCUCCCGCUUCCUGUCCCAUGAGGACCUGCGCUUCCAUGUCAACUCCCAUGAGGCCGGAGACCCCCAGCUCUUCAAGUGCCUGCAGUGCAGCUACCGCUCCCGCCGCUGGUCCUCACUCAAGGAGCACAUGUUCAACCAUGUGGGCAGUAAGCCCUACAAGUGUGAUGAAUGCAGCUACACCAGUGUCUACCGGAAGGAUGUCAUUCGGCACGCAGCUGUGCACAGCCGGGACCGGAAGAAAAGACCAGAUCCGGCCCCGAAGCUGAGCUCCUUCCCCUGCCCUGUGUGUGGCCGUGUCUACCCCAUGCAGAAGAGACUCACACAGCACAUGAAGACGCAUAGCACUGAGAAACCCCACAUGUGUGACAAGUGUGGAAAGUCCUUUAAGAAGCGCUACACCUUCAAGAUGCACCUACUCACACACAUCCAGGCUGUCGCCAACCGCAGGUUCAAGUGCGAAUUCUGUGAGUUUGUCUGCGAGGACAAGAAGGCCCUGCUGAACCACCAGCUGUCCCAUGUCAGCGAUAAGCCAUUCAAAUGCAGCUUUUGCCCCUAUCGCACUUUCCGAGAGGACUUCCUGUUGUCCCAUGUGGCCGUCAAGCACACAGGGGCCAAGCCCUUUGCCUGUGAGUUCUGCCACUUCAGCACACGGCACAAGAAGAACCUACGCCUGCAUGUGCGGUGCCGACAUGCAAGCAACUUCGAGGAAUGGGGGCGGCGCCACCCGGAGGAACCCCCCUCCCGCCGUCGCCCCUUCUUCUCUCUGCAGCAGAUUGAGGAGCUGAAGCAACAGCAUAGUGCAGCCCCAGCCCUUGGACCACCCUCUAGCUCCCCCGGAGCUCCUGAGGUCCCCCCAGAGACAGCCCCUUUCCAGUCACCCGAGGCACCCCCACUGCUGUGUUCUGACACCCUGAGUGGUGCCACCAUCAUCUACCAGCAAGGAGCUGAGGAGUCAACUGCAAUGGCCACACAGACAGCCUUGGAUCUGCUGCUGAAUAUGAGCGCUCAGCGGGAGCUGGGGGGCCCGGCCCUGCAGGUGGCCGUGGUGAAGUCAGAGGAUGUGGGGUCAGAGUUAGCAUCUACUGCUGGGCAGCCCUCCCCAGCAGGUGCUGCUCCACAAGUGGUGACCCUCCACGUGGCAGAGCCCGGGGGCAGUGUGACAGCUGAGAGCCAACUAGGCCCCCCUGACCUGCAACAGAUCACCCUGGCACCCGGUCCAUUUGGUGGGACUGGCUACAGCGUCAUCACAGCCCCUCCAAUGGAGGAGGGGACAUCAGCUCCUGGCACACCUUACAGCGAGGAGCCCCCAGGGGAGGCAGCCCAGGCUGUGGUUGUGAGCGACGCCCUUAAAGAAGCUGGCACCCACUACAUCAUGGCAGCUGACGGGACCCAGUUGCACCACAUUGAGCUGACUGCAGAUGGUUCCAUCUCCUUCCCAAGUCCAGAUACCCUGGUCUCUGGAGCCAAAUGGCCCCUGCUGCAGUGUGGAGGGCUGCCCAAAGAUGGCCCUGAAGCCGAGGCCCCUUCUUCAGCCAGGACCCACCAGGUGGGAGACCCCCAGGGCUCUGCCUCCCCACCUCCUGCAGCCAACAAAGCCCUGGGCCUGGCAGUGCCUCCCUUGCUGCCAUCUGCAGCCACUGCGUCAUCAAAGAAGUUUUCCUGCAAGAUCUGUGCUGAGGCCUUCCCUGGCCGAGCUGAGAUGGAGAGUCACAAACGGGCCCACGCUGGGCCUAGUGCCUUCAAGUGCCCUGACUGCCCUUUCAGUGCCCGCCAGUGGCCUGAGGUCCGGGCCCACAUGGCACAGCACUCGAGCCUGCGGCCCCACCAGUGCAGCCAGUGCAGCUUUGCCUCCAAGAACAAGAAGGAUCUGCGGCGGCACGUGCUGACCCACACCAAUGAGAAGCCUUUCGCAUGUCACCUCUGUGGACAGCGUUUCAACCGGAAUGGGCACCUCAAGUUCCACAUCCAACGGCUGCACAGUCCUGAUGGGAGAAAAGCUGGGACUCCUGCCGUCCAGGCCCCCACCCAGACCCCCACCCAGACCAUCAUCCUGAACAGUGAUGACGACACACUGGCCACACUGCACACUGCACUCCAGUCCAGUCAUGGGGUCCUGGGCCCAGAGAGGCUACAGCAGGCACUGGGCCAGGAACACAUCAUUGUGGCCCAGGAGCAGACAGUGACCAACCAGGAGGAGGCCGCCUACAUCCAAGAGAUCACCACGGCAGAUGGCCAGACAGUGCAGCACCUGGUGACUGCUGACAAUCAGGUACAGUACAUCAUCUCCCAGGAUGGAGUCCAACAUCUGCUCCCCCAGGAAUAUGUUGUGGUCCCAGAGGGCCAUCAUAUCCAGGUACAGGAAGGCCAGAUAACACACAUCCAGUACGAACAAGGGGCCCCAUUCCUUCAGGAAUCCCAGAUCCAGUAUGUGCCUGUGUCCCCAGGCCAGCAGCUUGUCACACAGGCCCAGCUUGAGGCUGCAGCACACUCAGCCGUCACAGCGGUGGCUGAUGCUGCUAUGGCCCAAGCACAGGGCCUGUUUGGCACAGAGGAGGCAGUGCCUGAACACAUCCAACAGCUGCAACACCAGGGCAUCGAGUACGACGUCAUCACCCUGACCAAUGACUGAGACCCAAGGGGCCCAUUGCAGACUAUGGAUAUCGAGGCCAGCCUUGCUGGGGGUGGGGGUCCUAGCAGUACUCACCUCCCUGCUCCACCUAGGUCUCCAGAUAUGGGCAGCCAGAAUCCUGCCACUCCAGGGGAGCCAGACCUGGGCUGCUGGGGUAGGGGACAGCCAUGGGCCCCAGCCAGGACAUGCUGGGUGCCCCAGCCUGCAGGCAGGCUUUGGGAGAGAAAUUUAUUUUUGUUUGAAUGGACCUACUGGCCCUUCAGUCUCAAUAAAGGGACCAGAGUCCA